AUGGCGAGGAAGAAGAAACCCCCACCUCCACCGCACAGCCGGAAAUUCUCCUUCCCGAUCUACGCCUCGGUGUUUUACGACUCCGUUUUUUUCCUCGUCGCCGGUGGCGGAGGGAAAAAAUCGUCCGGCAUUCGAAACUUAGUGACCGUGUCGUCCUUCCACGAUGGAUGCGUUUCGGAACCGAUAACCGCCGCCGCGACGGACGACGACGCGCCGCAAAGGUUAGCGUUACAUCCGGACGGGGUUUUUGUCGUCUGCGUGUUCGGAGGGUCGAUCGGGGUGUUUCGAAUGGAACGGAAUUUGAGUUCGAAUUCGACGAAUGGUCUGAACCAUCACAAUCCGUUGAGCAGGAACGAUUCGACGGAGGAUUUACGAAACCGACCGGAAGUGAACAUGAUUCGCUCGAACGAGUUUCCCAGACGCGUGGCGUUGACCGCGGACGAUAGGGACGUGAAGUGUGCGGUUUUCUCUCCAUCUGGGAGGCAAUUGGCGAUUGGAUUGGAGACGGGCGAGGUGAAGAUUGUGCAGUGGCCGAGUUUAGAGGUGGAUAUGGAGUUGGGCGCGCACGAGAGCGGAGCGGCGGUGACGGAUAUCGCGUGGAGUCCAGACGAGAGGGUGAUUGUGAGUUGCGCCGCGGAGAGGAUUGGGAGUAGUAAUAACAGUAGUAGUAAUAGUAACGGACAACAACAACAACAACAACAAAAUCAACAACAACAACAAGGAGAACAACAACAAAAGACGACGAAAGGCGCCAUCAUGUGGUCGAUUGAAAGAGGUGAAAGGAUUACGGCGUUGCCGGAUCCAACCAGCGCUCGAUUUAACUGCAAAGGGUUUCCUUCGUCCUCGAGAAAACCAAACUGUUUGAAAGUUUUCCGAGGGGCGAGCUUUUCGAACACCGGGGAGUUUUUCUUUUGCGGGAUCAACGUCGACGGCGUCGGGUAUUUAGUGAAAUUUGAGACAACCAAUUGGACGCCGAUGGCUGCGAUUCGCGCGUUCCGGGACGCGCCGAUAUCUGCAUACGCAGCGAAUAAGAACGGUUCUCGACACGCGUGCGGGAGUGCCGAAGGCGACGUCGUCGCCUUUGAUGGUGGAGGAUUAAGGAAACAAAGCUCCAACUCGAGAAAACGUUCGUUGAAACGCAUCGCAGCGGCGCGAAACGCGCACAUGAUCUUCGUCACGACCAUAUCCUGGAACGCGAGAGGUGACGUUGUUUUAUCUGGAAGUGCGGACGCGAGCGUGUAUUGCUUGCACGUGAAGAAUAAAUUUAAAUCUGGCCUGUACGGAAGCUUGAUGAAACUGUUCUUGUGGAUGACUGUUUUGAUCGCGUGUUUACUCGGGUGGGUGUUUUUGUUGAUGAAGGUGUUCGACGAGAGCACGGUGCCGUUAUUGAACAACAACAACAACAACAACAACAACAACAACAACGCCGAAAGAGGGCUUUCGUCGUUAGACGAACGACAGCGAGUCAUUUCGAAGCGCUCCGCUGGAAUUCCUCUGGACGACAGAGAGAGAGAAGUGUUCGAGGAGAUGGAGAGUGAAAACGCGGCGUCAGAGGAAGAACAAAGAGCAGCCGAAGGAGAUUAUUACGGCGGCAACGACGACCCGCACGCGUCCGCGAGUCGAGCGUACCACGACUCAGUCGAAUACGAAAAGCAAAAAGAGUUGGAAUACGCCGAAGCGAGAGCGAUGGAGGAGAAGCAGAAACGAGAGUGGGAGUUACAAAACGAAGCAAACUUACGGAAAAUGCAGUUUGCCGAGGAGGAAAAGAAACGGCAAAAAGAAGCCGCGGAACGGGAAACAGUCGCCGAUGACAAACAGGAGAAAGAAGAAAAAGGAGAAGAAGAAGAAGAAGAAGAAGAAGAAGAAGAAGAAAAAGACCGAGAAGCGGAGGAAUCCGAACCCGAAUCCGAACCGGAACAAGAGGAGGAAGAAGAAAAAGAAGAAGAAGAAGAACUCGACACCGAGGAAGCGAUGGAACAAAUACAGCGGGAGAUGGCGGAAGCGAAAGAGCGACGAGAAAACGGCGAUGACGACGAGCCUUCGGGAGAAAUCAACAACGAGGAUGAUCCGUACAGCGCAGAUGCCCAAGCUGAAUUCGAAUGGGGCGAUAACGACGACGACGAAGACGAGGACGAAUAA